AUGGCAGAUAAGGAGAGGGUAAUUGAUGGAGCGCCAUGGCACUUUGAACGUGCUUUGGUUCUGACUGAAGAAAUAUCUGGAUCCAUAACUCCUCAUUCAACCAACAUCCAUACUGCGUAUUUUUGGAUCCAUGUUCAUAAUGUUCCACUCCAAUCUAUGACCAAAAGCACGGGAGAGGCAAUUGGUUCACAUUUGGGUGAAUGUGUGAUGGUCAACUCUGAUGAAGAAGGCCUCUGCUUUGGUAAAUUUAUGCGUGUUCGCAUAAAGCUGGACAUUCGUCGGCCUUUACGUACGGGCAUGAAGGUUGAUUUGGGUGAUAAACACCAAUUUUGGGUGGAAUUUCAAUACGAAAAAUUAUUUGAUUUCUGCUUCCAAUGUGGAUUGCUUGGACAUACCCAGAAGGAUUGUUUUUCUGUUGCUGAUGCUCAAGCAACUGCUGCUGAUGUGGACAAUGUAACUGCUAUGGUGUUUUCCGAUAUGCAUGAUGUGGAUGUACAACUUUCUAUGGAUUUGCCACCUACUAAUCCUGUUGACCCCAGCCUUAAGGAAAAACUGAAGAGCAUCCCUUGCUCCACAGAUUCUUGUUCUUUGGCAGGGCCUUUAGUACAACCUAAAUGCUCUGGCAUUAAGCGGGGCAGACGUAGUAAUGUGAAAACUAAUCCUUUAAGCAAACGAUUUAAGGUUUCAUCUUACAAAGAAGGGGAUGUUCCUUCUUCUCAAGUGGUGGGGUCUGUUGAUCAACCCCACCACGAGCCAUGA